CCCAAAACGACCCCUCCAAAAUUUUGAGCGCCCCGCGCUCGGCGCCGAGGGGUGCAAUCGGGCCACCGAGCCAACCCCGUCGCUCCAUCAGCGCCUCACUGUCCUGCCUGCCCUCGCCGAAACCAACCAACACCUUCAAGUCUCCCCAGACCCAUCCAAGAACAAACAGUCCAACAAUACCUCCAGGAUAAAAAAGGGGAAGUGAAAAAAGGAAAGAAAAAAAAUGACGACCUCGACCUCCCCCCUCUCAACAAUCGCCUCCCUCCGGCAGACCCUCACGAGCGAGUCGACGCCGCUGCCGGUGCGCUUCCGCGCGCUCUUCUCGCUCAAGCACCUGGCGCGGCAGCACGCGCCGGCGUCGGCGGAGGCGCGCGCGGCCGUCGACGCCAUCGCCGCCGGCUUCGCCUCGCCGUCGGCGCUGCUCAAGCACGAGCUGGCCUACUGCCUGGGCCAGACGGGCAACGCGGCCGCGGCCGCGGCGCACCUGACCGCCGUGCUCGAGGACGUGGGCGAGGACGCCAUGUGCCGGCACGAGGCGGCCGAGGCGCUCGGGGCGCUGGGCGACCCGGCGAGCCUGCCCGUGCUGAGGCGGUUUCGGGAGCGGGAGGGGGAGGAGGUGGUGGUGCGGGAGACGUGCGAGAUCGCGAUCGAUCGGAUUGAGUGGGCGAACGGGGAGGGGAGGAAAGCAGAGAGGUUGAAGCAGAGCGACUUCGCCUCGGUCGAUCCCGCCCCGCCGAUGCCCCAGGGCCAGGAACCGCAGACAGUCGAGGAGCUAGGGAAGGUCCUGAUGGAUACGAGCCUGCCGCUUUUUAAGAGAUACCGGGCCAUGUUCGCGCUGCGCGACUUGGCAUCGCCGCCCGAUCUUCCUACCGCCGUGCCUGCCAUCCACGCCCUGGCCAAAGGUUUCGCCGACUCCUCCGCCCUCUUCCGCCACGAGAUCGCAUUCGUCUUCGGCCAACUAGCCCAUCCUGCGUCCAUCCCCGCUCUCACUGCGGCCUUGAGCAACACCGAGGAGGCGAGCAUGGUCCGGCACGAAGCUGCCGAGGCACUUGGCAGUCUCGGAGACGAGGAGGGCGUCGAGGAAACUCUGAGGAAGUUCCUGCAUGACAAGGAAGCGGUCGUCCGCGAGAGUGUCAUUGUGGCCCUGGAUAUGGCCGAGUACGAGAAGAGCAACCAGGCCGAGUAUGCGCUAAUUCCCGAGGUUGCGGGAACUGCUUAGGUUGAGUUGGGAUUCUCUGGCGUUGUGGUCUUUCAGAAGGGUAUUAGAUCGUCCUGACGGCACCGGGACGCUGCAAUAGAUCGAUGGGUUGGUCGGCUUCGGGAAUUUUCGUUUUCUUUGUCUCUUUUCAGCCCGGGGGAAUGGAUCUUAGUUGUUCAUCGUCCAUCUGCAGUUUUAAAGUCAGCAAACUUUCAAACACUCAAAAUCCC